AUGGGCAAUUACGAUCCAGAGCUCCCUCGAACAGCUCUCGAGGAUGCACACGAGGCAUCAGAGUCUGGAGACGGCAGAAAGGAGGUCAAGUAUCCCUUUGCUUUCAAGAAUCUCGACUGGGACGAAUAUCAUCUCUUUCGUCCUCGAUAUCCACAAUCCAUGCUUGAGAUGUGGCUGGACUAUCAUCGUGAGCACGGCGGCAAGUUUCAUUGCCUCCACGAUGUCGGUGCUGGUCCUGGCACCCUAUCUAUGAGCCUCCAUCCUCUCUUCGACCAUGUUGUUGUGAGUGAUGCCGGGUCAGCCAAUGUCCAAUCAGCGAAAAGAAGCCUCACCUCGACGACUGUUUCACCCAAGUUCGAAUUCAUCCAGAGCCCAGCCGAGACUGUCCACGCCUCGAUCCCCCCUUCCUCUGUCGAUCUCGUCACUGUGGGCAUGGCCUUCCACUACUUCAACACCCCAGAGGCCAUCCGCUCAAUCGCCCACAUGCUCAAACCGGGCGGCACACUGGCGGCCGCGACGUACGGUUUCAGACUGCGCUUCCCGGGCCGGCCGGCCCUCGAGUGCCUGUGGUACCGAGUCACCAGCAAAGAGUCGCUGCGGCUACUCCGCGAGGGGCGCCUAUUCCCUGCCGCCGUGAAUGGCAUGGCCGCAGCCAUGGCGGGGCUUGACUCUGUCCCGCUGCCCACAGAGCUGUUUGAGACUGGGGCGAAGCGGAUUCUGGUCAACGUGGAAGGCGAUAAUGACGGGCGGCCGUUCUGCUUCAUUGACGAGGAUCCAAAGUGCUGGCAGCCGGCGCCGAACCGUGUCGGGGCCACUGACACGCAAAGUUCUGUCCGCGACGCGAGCUGGCGGCGCGCGGCGGACGCGGCGUGGCUCAAAGGGUUUCUGGAGAGCUCUCAGAUGGGGUUUGGCCAGCAAACGUGGGGCACAGCCGAGUGGAUGCAGUUGGAGAGCAUGGUGAGGUCGGCUGGGGGUCAAGUCAUGGUGGAGUGGCCUGUCGCCAUCAUACUGGCGACUAGAAAUGAUCGGCCUGUCUCUGCUGUCGGGGAGUAA